CUCUACGUAUUUCCGCGCCUAAUAAUAAGUUGAUCAGCUAUAUAUAUAAAGCGCUAAAACCAACGAUUUUUCUUAUUCUCUCAUCACUCUUGAAAACAGAGAAACUAAUAUCUAGCUUUCUAAAUUCUCACUCUCAAAAAUCUACGAAACCAUCUUCUUCUUUUGAAAUUCGUUGAACCUUUUUCUUUCUAAAAUGCCGGAGAUGUAUUCACUCAAGUAACUUUGUUGCGUAAUUUCGCUAAUAGAAAUUCAAAAUUAAUGGAAUAUACUAUAUUUGAUUUUUGCGACUUUUCCAUUUUCAAAGCAGAUCUGAAGAUCAGAAUCAGCAGUUGCAGCUCAUUGAAAGGGAAGAAAUCGAAGAUGAGGAGGACUUGUUUGAAGCAAUCGAUAAACUGAUUUCACAUGGAAUCAAUGCUGGAGAUGUCAAGAAGCUUCAAGAUGCUGGAAUAUACACUUGCAAUGGCUUGAUGAUGCACACAAAGAAGAGUUUGACUGGAAUUAAAGGAUUGUCUGAGGCUAAAGUUGAUAAAAUAUGUGAAGCAGCUGAGAAGAUUGUGAAUUUCGGUUACAUGACUGGAAGUGAUGCUCUUCUUCGAAGAAAUGCUGUGAUCCGCAUUACUACUGGAAGCCAGGCAUUAGAUGAGCUAUUAGGAGGUGGGAUUGAAACAUCGUCAAUUACUGAAACAUUUGGAGAAUUUCGCUCUGGAAAAACUCAGCUAGCUCAUACUCUAUGUGUCACGACGCAGCUUCCAACUAGCAUGAAAGGAGGAAAUGGGAAGGUUGCCUACAUCGACACGGAAGGAACAUUCCGACCUGAUCGUAUUGUACCGAUUGCUGAAAAGUUUGGCAUGGAUGCUGCAGCGGUCUUGGACAAUAUCAUAUAUGCACGUGCAUACACAUAUGAGCAUCAGCACAACCUCCUCCUUGGGCUGGCAGCAAAAAUGGCCGAAGAACCCUUCCGUCUACUGAUAGUAGAUUCUGUGAUAGCUCUAUUUCGAGUGGAUUUUUCUGGAAGGGGAGAGCUUGCAGAGAGACAGCAAAAACUUGCUCAGAUGCUGUCCCGUUUGAUAAAGAUUGCUGAAGAGUUCAAUGUUGCUGUCUAUCUCACUAAUCAAGUUAUAUCCGACCCAGCCGGAGGAGUUUUUGUUACGGACCCAAAGAAACCAGCAGGAGGACAUGUACUUGCUCAUGCAUCAACAAUAAGGUUAAUGUUCAGGAAGGGCAAAGGUGAACAGCGUAUCUGCAAGGUGUUUGAUGCUCCAAAUCUGCCAGAGGCUGAAGCUAUAUCCUUAUUUUCCUUUGUCAUUGCUUAUCUGCAACAUUUAAUUUGCUCGGACUGUACUUUUGGCAUGUUUUCUUCUUGACACUAAAACGUAUUUCAGAUAACGCCAGGAGGAAUUGCAGAUGCUAAGGAUUGAAUUACGCUCGCAAUCAAAUUAAUUGACCAAUACUGAUCAAGUACAAGUACCGGACGAUUAACAACUGCAGUUAGCUUUAUUUCCUAUUGUUUUAAAAAAUCAUUUAGCAUACAGCUUUAUGCAACUAUUCUAUACCUAUUAACAUAAAUGUGUAAACCAUUAGGCUUGGUUUACUAUAAUCACGAUGUACGUGCUCAGAAAGGCUCUCAUCGCUGGUAUAUGUAAGUAUAAUCAUAUCUGAGGUUAUAGCCUUAGGUGAUUUUUUUGUAAGUUUCAAAGCAGAGGGCACUGUAAGUCUGUAACAGUCAAUUCCGGGCCUAUGCUACAAUGAGGAGCUUUAAAAUUAGAUAGCAAAUUAAUGGA